UUUAGUUUUUAGUCAGUCUCUGUCUGUGAUUUACUCUCGCUUGUAGAAAUAAAAUAUGUGGUUUAUAUUUAAUAAAUUCGUCACAAAUGAUACAUCAAACAAUGUUUUAAUGUGAAAUAUUAGACUAGCGUUAUUUUUACGUUGUUCUGAAUAAAGAGUGAUACUAAUAAAUUCAGAUAGUAAAAAGUAAGCAUCAAUAUGCCGUCUACCCACCUAAAUCUACGUGAGGACGAUGUGGUGCGUUUGUCCCUGGAGUUUCUUCACAACCGCGACCUGCAUAUAACGCAGUUGUCACUCGAGCGUGAAACUGGAGUAAUCAACGGCAACUACGCGGACGAUGUACUUUUUCUACGGCAACUUAUUCUUGAUGGCCAAUGGGACGACGUCCUGGAGUUUAUUCAACCCCUUAGCGCUCUCAAAGCAUUUGAAGCUGACAAAUUUAACUACGCCAUUCUUAGACACAAAUAUAUAGAAUUAUUAUGUAUUAGAUCUGAAAUUAAAGCUUAUAAUAACGUAGAAAAUAUAGUAGAUGAAGUCGUGAAAGUACUUAGCGAUCUUGAGAAGUUAGCGCCGUCUAAAGAAGAAUACUCAAAUCUUUGUUUGCUUUUAACACUGCCAAGCAUCACAGAUCAUGCCCAAUUUAAGAAAUGGAAUCCUAGUAAUGCCCGUGUCCAGUGCUUUCGGGAAGUGUAUCCGCUUGUUGAACAAUUUUUGCCUUGCGAUAAAAAAUCCAGUGGUACGGUAUCGAAAUGUGCUAAGAAUGACCGGUUGAUGCAAUUACUUAUAAAGGGUAUAUUAUACGAGUCAUGCGUUAAUUAUUGCCAAGCUAAAGCUACUGGAUCAGAUACACAAUCCAAUGAAGUUAAUUUUUCAAGAUUACUAGAUGGUUCAGGAUUUGAUGAAUCCGACUUAAGUUUACUUUCUUGGCUGCAGUCUAUCCCAGCUGAAACGUUUAGUGUACCAUUCGAGCAGAGGAUGUUAAAUGUAGAUGUUGAGAAAUUGGAACGUCCAUCAUUGCAUACUUCUUGGACAGAGCAUAUGCUUGUUACGCCAAUAAAGCCCCGCACAUUCCCCCAUCUAGCCAUGCCGUUUAGGCGUCCCCGAUCGGCCGCUGAUGCAAUGACUAGGUCUUUGAGACCACUUCCGGACGGCGCUCCGAGACAUCCAGCAGUUAUGGCUUUGUCUGCAAUUGAUUAUGGCCCUUCUUCUUCAUGUUUCGCUGGAUUUCAUUUAACUGGUAUAAAAGGUAGCAAGUUGAUGAAUACUUCUGUGGAUAGACUGUUUGAUAAUAAAAAUGGCGAGAGUAUUUUUAACGGGUUAAACGAAUCAUUAAAGCCGAUUGAUGAGCAAACAAAAGCACUAGGUGAAUUUACUGCAUCAACUAAGACAAAUGAGACGAGUAGCAUCGGUGCUUCGAACGCGACCACUCCAGAGCAUAGAGGUCAGGAGUACUCGGCGUCUACGUCUUUGUCGACGACGGCAGCGUCGACUGAACGCUCGUCACUCGCCGAGCGUACGCCGCAGCAGCCUGAAGCGCCUCUGGUACCUGGUACCGACGGAGACUUCAGAAGAGAGUUGUUGAAAGAAUACCAGAUUCAAAAACAACGCGAAUGCGACGAUUAUUUACGCAAUCUUUGCUCUUCAGACUUGCGGCCACAGAAAACGAUGGAGCAGAUAGAUGCUGCAUCAGCUUUUCCUUCAGCCGUCAAGUAUCCACAACAACCGACUCCGGACAAGAUGCGGGACCAGGCGCAGUAUAUUAGAAACAACGAAAUUCCCAAAUCGCCUGACAUCGGAGACCCUGCAAAUGCACAAAAUAGAAAUGGUGGACAUCAAGGCGUCCCAUUAACAGGCCCUAGCGGCAUCGGAGUAGGUGGUGAAGUCAAUGGCUCCAGGCCCACAUUUAAACCAGUGACAGUACUAGAGGACCUACAGGCCGUACGCUGUGCAGAAUUCCAUCCAAAUGGCAAACUCUACGCCGUCGGUUCCAACACAAAAACCCUCAGGAUAUGCACAUACCCCAAAAUCGAAGAUGUCAAGGAUAACAGUGCUCCGACAGCUCCGACGGUGCUUCUCAAACGUACAAAACAUCACAAAGGCAGCAUCUACUGUCUCGCAUGGAGCCCAGCUGGUGACCUCCUCGCAACUGGCUCCAACGACAAGACCGUGAAACUGAUGAGGUUCAAUAGCCACGCAUGCAAUCUCGAAGGCCAGGAGGUGGAGCUGUCUAUGCACGACGGAACAGUCCGUGAUGUCUGUUUCAUCGAGGACACAUCGAAUAAAACGAGUUUGCUGGUAAGCGGCGGCGCCGGCGACUGUAAAAUAUAUGUCACAGACUGCGCCACAGGGAAGACCUUCCAGGCACUGAGCGGACAUUCUGGUCACGUGUUGUCACUGUAUAACUGGGGUGGAGCGAUGUUCGUCUCAGGAAGUCAGGAUAAAACUGUUCGCUUCUGGGACCUCCGUACCGGCGGCUGCGUUAAUAUCAUAUCUCCACCAGCCGGACAACCGAAUAAAGGUUCAGCGGUGGCCUCACUGGCAGUAGACCCUAGUGGGAGGUUAUUGGUGUGCGGCCACGAUGACGGCUCAUGCGCGCUUCACGACGUCCGCGGCUCGAGAGCGUUGCAACGCUUUACGCCACACUCUGGUGAUGUCAGAAGCGUCCGAUUCUCCCCCGGAGCAUACUAUCUUCUUACUGCGGGCUACGAUGGAAGGGUUGUGCUUACUGAUUUACAAGGUGACCUAACGUGCGCUUUACCGAGUGUACCGGUAGCUCGUCAUCCAGAUAAAGUGAUAUCGGCUCGGUGGCACCCCGACGACUUCUCAUUCCUGUCCACGUCGGCGGAUAAAACGGCCGUGUUGUGGACAAUACCGCCCGUCUAGUUCGAUUAGAUCUAUAUAUCGUAUGUUUGUAAUUAUCAUACUGUUUUAUAUAGUAUAUUUACGUAUUUAAAUAAAAUAACGCAAUUAGUUUUCUGCAUGUUUAUAUGUAUUAUUAUUUUGACGAACAUUUAUAUUUAUCAAUAAAUCUCCCGAAAUAAAUGAAACAGAAAUAUAAGAAAAUCUAGCAAAUUAAUAUUUUUAGAUAAAAAUCUACAUAAGGCAAUUUCGCGAUAUAUCUAAAGAUUACAAGUUUUGCGUUAUUUUGUUUAAACUAAUUUAUAAGUUUAAGUGCUAGGCCAAUGAUAGUGCUCUGAAUAUGUUGACGACUACAAACAUUAAUUUAUAUAUCUUUACGCUACGCGCCUAACUAUAUUCAAAAUUUCAGGAAUAGAAAAACAUUACUCCAAGUUGCGAAAAAAAUACCCAAUGUGACAACGCCGACAAUACUUGCUUCAUUUUAAAAUACCGUAUAAAGCAGAAGAAACAAGCUUUAUAAAAUAUCUAUGACUAUAAAUCUUACUAAUCAUUGUUAAAAAGUGUUGUCUUUUAAUUAUUUAUGUUGGCGUUAUUCAUAUAUUUGAUUUCAAGAUUCAAUAAUUUAUAAAAAAAAAACAUAUGUUUGCGAUUAUAUAUCUUGAUUGAUACUCGAGAGUAUAGAAAUUUGUAUAUAAAUUUAUAACGAUUUAAUGGUAUUGUAGCUAAACAUUUGUAGAUACUUAACCAUUACUUGGCGUAGCACUAAACUUAUAAUAACAUGACCUAUAUUUUUAUAUUAAAUGUGAAAUUGGCAAUCGCAAAGUCGCAUUAUUUAUGUAAAUAUACUUAUUAUUACAAUUUUAAUGUUAUACGUGCGAAAUAUGUAAUUCAAUGUAACGGAACACAGAUGGAGUUUAUAUUACGUGUGUUGAAUUAUUUAAACGUGUUACAACCACUGACUUUGCUUACGUGGUAUCGACGGGAAGGAAAUAAUAGACGGUUGAUUUUAUGUAAUCAUUAUCAUCACAAAUAUUAGUAAUUAACAUUUCUAAAUUAUUGCAUUGUGUAUUUAAAUAACAUUAUGAUGAAAAGUAAGUUAUUUAUAAAUCACUUUAUUAAUUCUCUAUUGCGUAAGUGACUACAAUUAAAAAAUGAAUAAAAUAUUAUAAAAAAAGCUCUAACUAAUAACAUUUGAUGUCGUAAGUUAUUUUAAUUUUAUUUACCUUUCGCUGUUCUUGCUGCUCUGUUUUUGUAUAUAUCUUUAGUUUAAAAUAUAAUAAAUAGCGGAUAUAAGUUAUUUUAUCACUUGAAGAAAUUUAUGUUAUUUUUUGCCUGAGUUUUAUUUUUUAGCCAAUGAAAAAUAUCCGCUUGACGAAUGUUUACAUAAAGUAAUUCAUUGGAACGCUAUUUCUGUAACGAAUCAUGAAUUAUUAUCUUACGUUACUCUAAACCAGAUUAGAUUAUUUUCUUUUAAAUUAGUUAAUGUAAAAUGUCGCAAUUUUCAGUCGAGUUUUGUAAUUUUUCAUUAUUGUAAAUUAUAUUCAAUGGAAUUCCAAAAAUUUUUCGGGUGCUCUAUAAAAAUGAGAAAUUUAUAUAUUUUUUCCUGUAGUCAUUAUGAUUUGGGUUUAUUUUAAAAAUAAAUAUUGUAAGUAUACACACAAAACUUGGUAUUGAUUUGUUAUAUUAGUUAUAUAUGUGAAAAGGUAUUUAUUGUAUGAUGUAGCUUUAUAUAUAAAAAAAAGAUUAUAGGAGUCAAUAAUAUUGUUUUGAGCUUAUUUCUUUUAUGAAUCAAUAAAAUAAAUUGAGAGCUUUAAAUUUGUAAUCCGCUAAGAUAAACGACUCGACACCCUGUCGCGCCAAUUGACUGAUAAUGAAAUUUGAGAGUAAACAGUGUGAAUUGUUGUAUUCACACAAGUGAUAUUUAUUUUGUCACAAGAUUUUUAAUAAGUAAUUUAUGACCUUAAUAUUUUUUAGUUUUUUAUUAUUUUUUUUUAUCGCAAAUUAUUUCUAUACGAACAUGAUCGUGUGCUCUAUUUACACAAGUACGUGUUUUUAUUAAUGCUUUAACUUUUCAACAUCACACAUGGAAUAAGUAAAUACGUAGUAUAAAUGUGAAGUAUUUAAUUUUAUUUAAUUGAAAAUAAGCUAAUAUUUUUUCAAGAUACUUUUAGUUUUGCACCGUUGAUAUUUUUAUUCAUGUCAAUGUCAGUAGAUAUGAGUUAAAUUUGCUAUUGUAGAGUGCUUAUUAAUCGUAUUUUGAAUAAUACAUUAUUUACUAGAAAACAGUUGCAACAAGGUCUUUAUUGUAAUAGAAUUUUAUAUUUAACCGCAUAAACCAGGCACAAUACAGCCACAGAGAACGUAAUCACCACAAUGUAAAGAAAAACUAGUGGUCUAACGCCUUUAGUAUGUCGAUUACAUUUCAAUUGAAGAUGUACUGUAUAAACGUGUUCGCUGGUAAAAAAAAAUGCAUAUUUAAUAAACAGUCUUUGUAUGAUUUUUUUUUGUCGAAAUUAUAUAAUUUAUAUGAAACAAACGAAUAGAAUUAAACUGACAUACUCGUGUUAUAAUAUAAAAUAAUUUUUGUAAUCUGUCUUAUUUAUUUAACGAUUACUUUCGAAAAAUAGCAUACCAAGAGUUUGUUAAAUAUAACCUAUUGAAUUUUGUACUAUCAAGGUAUGCAUGAAAAUUUGUUUCCUGAAAAAACUUUAAUACAAUUGACUAUUUGAUUUAUACGUCCUUUGUUCAGACGAAUCUCCUUAGAUCGAUUUUUUAUCUAAUAAUAAAGUCACUAACGUAUUGUAAUACUUUAAGAUACCUACAAUUACUGUUUUCUUUUAAAGAUCUUAAAUAUAUUUCAUGUAGUUUUUAGGUAUUUUUGAGUAGUGAUUCUUGCCUAAUUGUUAUAUUCAACGCUUCAAAAUAAAAAGUGAAGUAAUAAAAAACGCUACUUGAAUAAUAUCGUUUAGUUUUUAUAUUUAAACCUAUAUUAAUUCAAAAGACAUGAUACUGCAACGCUUCUGCGUAUUAGUUUCUUAAGCACACCAACGGUGAAAUUAAUAUUUUUGUUAUAUCAUUGGAUUAUCUAAAAGAUUAAUCGUUAAUAAUAUAAUUAUCAUUAAUACAAUAUAAUUAAAUUAAUAUGUGAACGAUAAGGAUUUUGCACAAAUCUAAUAAUACAUGUAGAUAUUGUAAGUGUAAAUUAUUGAUAACUCGUGACAUUAUCACUGGAUACUUGUCAAACAAGUACUUAUAUUAAGUAGUGUUUGAUUUAUCAUUUGAAAAGUUUGCAAUAAGUACUUUGUAAUGAUGGUUAUUAUAUUUGUGCUCAGUCUAACCCCAAAUAGUAUGUUUAUAAAUAUAUUAAAAUUAUGUAAUAAUAUAUAUUUUAUCUAUGAAUUGUAUAUUAAUAAAAUGUUUUAUGUCAAACGUUAUUAAUAUUGGAUCGGUUCUGGCAUUUUCAUGUAACCACUGAGGUGUUAAAACUGUAACUAUAUCUUUGUUAUACCCAAUUUCGUUAACAUGUGUAUUCAUUAUAAUUUAAGAAUAUAAUCAUAUUAUUUAUGAA